AUGGCAGAUUCGUCACUCAAUUUGACCGGCUGGGAACUUGAACAGAUCGAGAAAAGCUACCUUGUGCAACGAUCUUGGAUCCAGACAACGGGAAGCGCCCCGGCAACGACUAAGAGCGACCUGGAGCAGCUGCGCCUCGCCGGUGUGGACGUCGCCUGGGACCGCGUGCCCUGCACCGCAGCACUCGUCAUACCGGGCCGCUUGGGUGCCGUGGAACACCAGAACCCAGCACAGGUGCCUCCGUACGUACCGGCGUUUCUGGCUUACAGGGAAGCACCUCUUGUGCGGUCGCUGGUGCUGAGGCACAGACAGGACCUGGAUGUGUUGCUCGUGGACGGGAACGGGAUCCUGCACCCGCGUCGCUUUGGACUAGCGAGCGCUAUCGGCGUUGAGUGCGGUGUUCGCACCAUUGGCGUCGCUAAAACCUAUCACUGGUUUGCGAAUACCCUGCAGGGGCACAGGGCACCAUGUAUACCGGCGUUGGCGGCUCUGGUGGCGUCGCAAAACUCCCCAGUAACUGGCACCUGGCAAGGACGAAUGCUCUACCCGAGCGAGCGAGAUAUCCGGCAUGUCAUGCAAGUGGAACAGUUGACCGUGCUACCGUUGUGUAUGCGCUGGCGACCAUGCGAUGCCAAAGCCAGAGACGCGCUUUCGCAGCGACUCGGGAACGGGAAUCCCGGCGAAUCGUCGCUUUAUGUGGAUGAGGUAUUAGGGGCGGCGGUGCGUACUGGGAAACGGGCAGUGAACCCCAUCUAUGUGUCCAUUGGGCACGGGAUAGACCUCAGUAGAGCAGUGGCGCUCGUGUAUGCGGCUGCGAGGGAGCAUCGACUGCCGGAGCCGCUGCGCAUGGCGGAUCAGCUUGCCAGGGGAACACUUGCAUCCAGCGAGGCAAGCUCGCAGCCGCCAAAGCUAGAGAUAUCCUCAAGCUUUUGGUAUCUGGAAGGAAACCCGCACGCUCAAAGGCAGCGAUCACCUGAUGAAUCGUACUCGAGUUGA